AUGAACGCGGCCGCCCUGCUGCAGCCCGACGCGGCGGCCGGCGCGGCGCCGCCGCGGCGUGGCCCGGGGCGCCCUCCCGGCAUCCCGGCCUGGAACAAGGGCGUGCCGCACUCGGAGACGCACCGCAAGCGCAUCAGCAUGAAGCUGACUCAGAAGUGGAAGGACCCUGAGUUCAAGCGCAGCGUGUCGGAGAGCCUGACGGGCAAGCAGGCGUGGAAUGCGGGGCAGGCGCACGACGCCGACACGGUGCGCAAGAUGAGCGAGGCCAAGCUGGGGCGGCGGCAGCCGCUGGCCACGCGCAAGCGCAUGUCGCAGGCGGCCAUGGGGCGCAGCAUGGGCGAGGACGCCAGGGCGGCGGUGGGCGACCGCUUCCGCGGCCAGCCCAAGUCGCCAGAGCACCGCUCCAAGCUGGCGGCCAUGGCGCGGCGGCGGCACGCGGCCACCCGUGUCCUGCGCGCCGUGGAGGCCGUCUACUCAGCAGCCUCCGCCGCGCCUGGCGGCGGCACGCCAGCAGCGGGGUCGGGGCCCGUGCCGCCGGCGCCGGCGCCGGCCUCCUCGGGGCCCCGCUCGCCCGGCGGCGGCGCCGGCGCCAUGGCCCCCGCAGGCAGCCCCCCCGCCGGCAGCGGCGCGGCCAUGAGCGGCGGCAGCGCGGCGGGCGCGGCCGCGGGCGCGGGGCGCAGGAUGGGCGCCGUGCGUGCCGCUGCCUACAGCAUGGGCCUCACAGGCCUGUCUGACGGCAGCGGCAAGCGGCUGAGCCGCACCCAGAUCCUCAACACAUUCAAGGCCGAGCUGCGGGAGUACCGCACCCUGCAGGAAGAGCUGUCCACCUGGACGGCCGCCUUUAGGGAGAAGAACAACCGCAAGCCAAACCUGGUGGACGUGCAGCGCACAGGCAUCCCCUGGCUGAUUGACAAGUUCAAGCAGUACGUGGUGCUGCGGGACCGCCUGUUCAGCGACACGUCGGUACUGCGGGGCAAGCUGCAGGAGGCGAUCCCAGACCCCGAGUCUGUGCGCAGCAGCAACGGCGGCGCGCCCUCGCAGGGGAUGCCCUCUGCGGCCGGCAUGGGCCCCAUGAACGCCAACGGGCUCAACACAAACGAGCGCAGCGCCCUGGCCUCCCGCUUUGCUGCCGUCAUGGACUACAAGCUGCAGGCCAAGCAGGCGGCGCGGCCCGCGGGCGCCGUCGGAGGGCCGUCGGCGGCGGCAGGCCCUGCCGCCGCGGCCGCGGCAGAGGAGCACCCGCUUGCUGCGCGGGUGACGGGGUCGCAGGCGCCUCCCAGGGUGCGCAUGGCGAUGGCGGCGGCGCUGGAGUACCGCCAGCAGAAGGCGCAGGCGACCAAGGCCGCCGCCGACGCGGCAGCGGCGGCGGCCAGGGCCUCUCGCAGCCCGCGCAGCAGCAGCAGCAGCAGCAGCAGCAGCGGCGGCGUCACAGCGGCAACCGCUGCCGCCGCCGGGAGUGCGGUGCAGAGCAGCAGCGCGGCAGCGGCCAGGGCCCCUGCGGCGCAGGCUGAGGAGCAGGCGCCCAGCCAGCAGCCUGCCCUGCAAGCUGCAGAGGCAGGGGAGGCCCCGCAGUUGCAGCAGGCGCUGGACGUGCCCGUGCUGCCAGCAGUGGAGGUGGAGGUGCCAACCCCGGCCAUUCCAACGGAGCCCUGCCUGCCCUGGCAGGCAGCAUGA